GAUGAUACUUAGGGAACUGAAGGAACAACAGAUUAACAUGAACAUGAAAAUGAAGUAACUGAAGGAAAAACCGACGAUGCUAAAGAAACUGAAGAAACUACAGAUGGAUAAGCAGAUGAUUAAUCAAAAACCCAACAUGAAAAAGAAAAUCACAAAUAGGAACCAGAAGAACCUUGCGUAAUUUUAUACUCAGAAUGCCAUUUCACUGGUGACGAAUUAAAACUGUGCGGUGCUCACCCUGUUAUUCCAAAUGAUAUGAAAAACUUUAAAGUGAAAUCAAUAAAGGUUCCCGAAGGUGUUUAGGUUACAUUCUUUAAUAAGCCUAACUUUGAUGAUGAAAAAUUACAUGCUAAAAAUGAGAUGGAAUGUCUUGAAACACCUUUAAGAUUGAAUUUACUAGAAUUGAUGAAUAACCUAAGAAUGUCAAAGCAUAUUAAUAUAAACUCUAUAUCAGUUACAAAUUGAUAAUUGAAUAUUUAGUUUAUAUUUACAAAAAAUAUUCUAUAAUAAGCAAUUUU